AUGACAUCUUUCAGUCAGAGCAUAUUGAAAGGAUACAGGAUCUUGUUAGCAGAUGAAUAUGCUGAUCCCCGCACGAAAGACUGGUUCCUCGUAUCUAGUCCUGUCCCUCUAUUCGUCAUUUUAGCGAGUUAUCUGUACUUCUGCACACAGAUUGGACCCCGGUAUAUGGAGAGUAGAAAACCUUACGAACUGAAGAACCUACUCAUCGUAUAUAAUGCAGCACAAGUGAUCCUUAGCGCAUAUAUGGUUUGGGAGGGUUGUGCGGUGUGGUCUACUUACAAUUGGUAUUGUGAGCCUCUGGACUACUCUCAGAAUCCUGUAACAUUAAGAAUGAAUAACAUAUGUUGGGUAUACUACAUGGCGAAAAUAACUGAACUGUUAGAUACAGUGUUCUUUGUAUUACGGAAAAAAGACAACCAAAUAACUGUCCUACAUUUGUUCCAUCAUACUUUAAUGCCUACAGUCACCUUUUUCGGGUUGAGAUACGUCCCAACUGGCCACGGCACAUUAUUCGGAUUGAUCAACUCGUUCGUGCAUGUCAUUAUGUACUCUUACUACCUGGUCGCGGGCUUGGGGCCUGAGUACCAGAAGUAUUUGUGGUGGAAGAAACACCUAACUGGCUUACAACUGGUUCAGUUCGUGAUAAUCUUCCUUCACAAUAUUAUCCCAUUGUUUACUGACUGCGGGUAUAAGAAAUUCCUACAUGCUCCGAUUCUGAUAUUCUCUUCCACCUUUAUCUAUAUGUUCGGCAACUUCUACGUCCAAUCCUAUCUCAAGAAAACUAAAACAGAAAAUUCUAAUGGAAAGAACAAGCUACAUUAAGUUACUAAAUUUUCAUAUGUAUUUUUAUUAACAUUAGG